AUGCCUCGAAAGAACUUCCUCCAGGACUUCUCGCUGGUCUCCGCGCCGGGAAGCUUCCAACGCAUCCAUCAUGUCGAGCUCGGUGAGGAGGACAGCACCAUCGUCUUCACCUACACCUUUCCGCUCAGCCUCGGACCUCACUCCAUCGAGUUUAAUGUUGCCAUUCUAGAUGUCUCGGGGUACCCGGACGAUCACACUUAUUUCGCCUUCUCGGAAGGAGACAACAUUCCCCAGGCCAUCGCCCCGGCUCUAGAGUCGAUCCCGGUUAUGUUCAAGGGCUGCGCGCUGGAUGUCUUCCUGGAAGGCUUCCGUGACUGCCUCGACCAAGCCGUUCUGCCACAAGACAUAGACGCGGAUUCUCUGCCGACCGAUGAUUUCGACAGCAACGGUGAGCCCGAUGACAUGGACUGGGAUCAGACCAGCGGUCCAGACCUCUUCAACUCUACCGACCUGAAGCGGCUGCGAGUUGAUCUCCGCGCCGUGAAGGAAGCAGGCUUCAAAGUUGGUUAUCUGGGCGAUCAGACAGGCGCUCUCAUAGUGUCGAUCUCUUGCCGGGUUGCGAAGCUGGGAAUCUCCGAGGAUGCCAUGCAGAUGUGGGAUAUCCUUCCUUCGCAGUUCUUAGUCCUCUUGCUCCACUACCCACAGGGCUAUGCUGGGCUAGACCGCAUUCUCUCACAACCCGACGCCAGCCCAGACUUGGUCCGGGUGUACAUCGGCUUCUGUGGCACGUACAAGCCCACCAUGGUAUCAGUUCCCGAUGCCUCGCAUGCCAACGUGUCGGAGCAGAUUUUCAGCCCAGGUGCAUCUACUUCCGAAACGCAGUCUCGGAUGAAAUCAUCCUUCAUCACCGAUCCGUUGCAAGGUCUCUUUAAAGAGCGCUUCUUGGACCUGAUCCGAGACCGACUCGAGUAUGGUUUCUCAUGGACAGGAGCCGAACUGUUUUACAACGACCAUCAGGGAAAGCCUCUCGGUCCCAAAAAGCUACUUCAUUCCAAAUAUCGCUGUGCAGAGCAGUGGAGCAAAUCCACGCCAGGUUUUGUCAAAGCCGAUGAACUAUCCCAGCAGCAGAAUACGGUCGAGCUGGCCCUCCCUCUAGUCGCCAUGCAGUAUACCGUUCGUCGAUUUGUCAAGUGUACCGAGUUCUGCCUUAACUGUCAUUGCAAGAUAGACGCCGGUUUUGAAGCACUCAAGCCAUAUGUCUGCUCCAACCCCUUGUGCCUUUAUCAGUACAUGCAACUCGGUAUGGGUCCCAAGCUGGAAUGGGAGAUCGUCUCACAGCCAUACGUAGUUGACAUGCUUGUCAGCUUUACGUAUGUAAGAGCUAUGACCAGGAAUCUUACGGAACUUCCCGUGGGACUGGGGCUGAAGGUUCCCAGUGCGAUUGACUCGAAUUACAACUGUCCGGCCCAGUUUGCGACGUUCGAUGCCCGACAGAUGAUUCUUGGGGUAAACGGCAGCCAUGAGCUGGCAGUGGGGCAGUGGAUCGUUAUAAAGAAUACCAUGGGCGCCUCAUUAGAGCAGAAAUCUGCAUCGCUACACUGCACCGUGCUAGGCACAGAUGGAUGCAAGUAUAUGUCGCUUUCCGCGCCAGUACCCGUGGGGUUUGUGCAAGGAGACGAUUCAUGGAAGCAUACAUGGCGAGAUGUCACAUUCAUUCCCUACAACGUUGACUUUGAUGAUUUGAACCUCCAGCUAAAGAUGGAAGCGAUCAACACUCUCCUCGACACCCUCCCUGAUGUGCAUGCGAUGAAGGAGUAUAUCACGAAUGGUGCAAGCCCGGAGCAAAACACGCCGCUCGCGACCUGGACUCACAGAAUAUCCCCAUCAGCGCUGUACGUUUUGCGGUGGAUUGUCGCCUCGAAUCGAUCCUGCAUUGUACACGAUGACGAUCCCAAACACCAGGUGACAGGCAUGCAGGGCUACAUGCAAUUCAGACUGGCACAAGGAUCCCCAGAUAAGGAAAAGAGGUUCGUUCAAGCGAUCGCGUGCGCCUCCAGUAAAAAGCACCCUACCCUGUUUGCAUGGCAUGGAAGCCCGCUCCACAACUGGCAUAACAUAGUGAGGCAGGGUUUGAACUUCGAGACGGUGCUACACGGUCGCUCCUAUGGGAACGGGGUUUACAUGGCAUCGGAUUUUCUUACUUCAUAUGGCUACACUCGUGUGAGCUCCAAUGCAACUGGGUGGGGUCAGAGUCAGUUAAAGAUUACCGGCGCGAUUUCGUUGAACGAAGUUGUCAAUGCACCCAAGACAUUUUUGUGCAGCAGCCCGUUUUUUGUUGUCUCUCAAUUGGAUUGGAUCCAGCCGCGUUACCUGUUCCUCAUGUGUGAGAGUCCCAGGAACCAGUGGAAGGCCAGCACAGUGCCAACGCAGACAUACACGCAGGAUCCGCAACAUCCAGUCCUGGGCCCGAACCGAGACGCGAUCCACAUUCCUAUAUCUGCUCUGGGCACCCGGAACAGCAAGUGUCAGGAGACUACUCAGGUACUGAAAGAGGCAGGCAAUCCCGCUUCAGGCCAUGCCAAAAAGAAGCGGAAGUUGUCUGGAAAGGGAAUACCCAAGGGGGCAACCGUGAUCGUCUUAGAUGACGACAAGGUAGCAGACACGGAUAGCGUGGCAACCCUUGCCGAAGAUCUCAGACUACUCGAGUCGGAUACGGAGGAUGAGGAGAUGAAAGACUUGGGUUCCUGCGAGGCGUCAAAGAGAACCUACGCACACGACGACCUGUCCAAGACCGAUUUCCGACCGGGGACUCUACACAGCGAGAGCUUGCAACUCCUGGAGCCACCCAGUUACGCCUCAUCGACCGCAACCCAGUCCCUGCAGCGACACCUUCGAGAGACACUGAAAGUGCAAGAUCGGACCCCCCUGCACGAACUCGGUUGGUACGUCGACACGACUCUCAUCAACACCGUCUACCAGUGGAUCGUCGAGCUCCACAGCUUCGACCCUGGGCUGCCUCUGGCCCAAGACCUGAAGAAAUACAAACUCGCAAGCGUCGUCCUUGAGCUCCGCUUCCCACCCAACUUCCCUCUCACCCCCCCGUUCGUCCGCGUCAUCCGUCCCCGGUUCCUCCCCUUCACGCAGAACGGCGGCGGCCAUGUCACCAUCGGCGGCGCGAUGUGCAUGGAACUUCUCACGAGCUCGGGUUGGCUUCCCACCACAACCAUGGAGAGCGUGCUUCUGCAGGUGCGCAUGGCGCUCUGCUCGACCGAUCCGCGGCCCGCUCGGCUUCAAUACGGCAUGGACUACUCGUUCGGUGGCGCGGUUGAGGACUUCCAACGAGCCUGUCUGCGGCAUGGUUGGCUUGUGCCCGAGGAUUUUCCCCGGCUUCGAUCUUAA